UCUCGCAAGACCGAGUGCGCGCCGAGACAGAAGACUCCGCGUACGGCCGUUUGUAAAUAACUGUCCCGGAACGCGACUUUUUGGACAUCAGCUGUCAAGGGAAAACACCUGUCUGCUUGGUACAGUAAAGUUGUUCAAACUAUUUUGGAAGUUUCUUUUGCUCUCUUUGACAUCUUCAUGUAAUAUUACGGAGAGAACAAGAUUUGCGGACAGUAAAGUGUACAGUCAACUCAAAAAGCCUCCAACCUAAUUGCUAUUCACAUGUCAACAAAAAUGGAGCAACCGUUUUAUCAUGACGACUCGUUUCUUUCUGCUUAUGGUCAUCCAGACGCUGCCCUGCACGACUACAAGCUCCUAAAGCAGAACAUGAGCGUGGGCUUCGCCGAACCUUACCGGAACCUCAAGUCCCUGCGCUCCGAAAGCGACUUCUACACCGGAGACGUGGGCUCGCUGAAACUCGCCUCUCCGGAGCUGGAGAGACUCAUCAUCCAGAACGGUAACGGUGUCAUCACAUCACCCACCCCGGGGCAGUAUCUGUACGGUCGGGGCAUCACAGAGGAGCAGGAGGGCUUCGCGGACGGCUUCGUAAAAGCGCUGGACGAGCUCCACAAAAUGAACCAGAUGCCCCCGCCGAACGUCUCCAUCGGCGCCGGCGGCGUGUCGUCCUGCUCGGCCGCGUCGUCGGUCUUCGGCGCCUCGCUGCAACCGGAGAGCCCCGUGUACACCACCCUGAACAGCUGCAAUCCCAACACUAACCACACACCCGCGGCCAACUACCCGACGGCAACCAUCAGCUACCUGCCUCACCAUCACCAUCAUCACCACCACCAACAGUACCAUCACCACCAAGCCACGACGCACCCUCACCCCUUCCAGCACUCGCUCCAUCCGCAGCGGCUUGUCUCGCUCAAAGAGGAGCCGCAGACCGUGCCCGACCUGCAGAGCAGCGACGGCUCUCCUCCCAUGUCCCCCAUCGACAUGGAGGACCAGGAGCGCAUCAAAGCGGAGCGCAAGAGGCUGCGCAACCGGCUGGCGGCCACCAAGUGCCGGCGACGGAAGCUGGAGCGCAUCUCCAGGCUGGAGGACAAAGUCAAGGUGCUCAAGUCUGAUAACGCCGGACUGUCCAGCACCGCGUCCCUACUGAGGGAGCAGGUCGCCCAGCUAAAGCAGAAGGUCAUGACCCACGUGAGCAGCGGGUGCCAGCUGAUGCUGACGCCCAAGAUCAAGUCGUUUUAGAUGCGAACCGCAAUGACUCGGACACUGGCGAAACGGGAAACACUGGAAGCGCAGAUCAUGUUUGUUAUGUUUUGAUGCAAAUGAUACUAUUGCAGCACUGGGUACGAGCGUUGUAUAUUUAAGUGUUUUCUUGUAGAAAACUAGAUCGUUAAAGUUGUUUUCAAAAGCAUCUCUUCGAGGUGGAUGCACAGGGAAAACCUCUAAGUUUGGUUUUGUUUUUGAGUCCUGCCCUAUGAAAACAUUCCAGUAAGUUAUUGAUGUUGUGAGUCGGGUUGAUCCAGACCUGUACUUCUGUCUGUUUUGUUUAUAUUUUUUAUAUUUAAGUAAAAGCGUUGAAAACAA